AUGGAAAAACAAGAAGUUACUGCUUUAAUUGCAAUAGAUCUAAGUGCUGCAUUUGACACGGUAGAUCACGAAAUUUUGCUGAAUGUACUUCAAAAACAGUAUGGAAUAUGUGGUUCGGCAUUAAAGUGGAUAGAUUCUUAUCUGCGGCCUCGUGGCUGCACGGUGUGCGUUAACUCCGUGACAUCAUCGGAGUUAACCCCCUUGGGUUAUCAUUUGGGAUCAUUACCUGUAGAUGUCAGAAUUGGGAAGUUGAUGCUGUUUGGAGCAAUAUUCAGGUGCCUUGACCCAGCAUUAACCAUUGCUGCAACUCUUAGUUACAAGUCCCCAUUUGUGUCUCCAUUUGACAAGAGAGAUGAGGCAGACAAGAAGAAAUUAGAAUUUGCUGUGGGGAAUUCUGAUCACCUUACAAUGCUCAAUGCAUACAAGGGAUGGAUCGAGUCCAGAUUGAAGUCCCAUAAUGAGGGCUACAGAUUCUGUCAUGAAAAUUUCCUGUCAUAUAAGUCCCUCCAGAUGUUGGCCAGUAUGAAACAGCAGUUUGUGGAGCUGUUGUCAGACAUUGGGUUUGUGAAAGAGGGAAUUGUGGUCCGAGACGUGGAAAGAGCAGCCAGGGGAGGAUCUGAUGGGGUGGUGGAUGUCACGGGGAUAGAGGCCAAUAUUAAUUCAGCAAACUGGAAGCUGGUUUCUGCCAUCUUGGUUGGAGCAUUGUAUCCAAAUGUUGUGCAGGUGAUGAAACCAUCCGACAAAUUUAGCCAAGGAAGCACAGGUGCACUUUACAAGGCUCCAAAACCAGAUGAACUGAAGUUUAGAACUAAAUCUGAUGGUUUUGUCCACAUCCAUCCUUCUUCUGUGAACUUUCAAGUGAACCAUUAUGAGAGUCCCUAUCUUGUUUACCAUGAAAAAGUGAAGACCACAAAGGUAUACAUCCGAGACUGUACCAUGGUCAGUAUGUACCCCCUGCUGCUGUUUGGGGGAGGAAGCAUUUCGGUGGAUUUGGAGAAGGGAAACUUUGUCCUUUCUAUAGAUGAUGGCUGGAUAAGAUUUCUUGCAGAUUCUCCAAAGGUGGCUGAGUUGGUGCGAGAGUUAAGACUAGAACUUGAUCAACUCCUGACUGAUAAAAUACAGAAUCCACAUAUGGACCUGUGUAACUGUCCCAAGGGAAGCAAAAUCAUUGACACCAUAGUGAAACUUAUAAGUACUCAGUAGUGCUCUGCAGAAUUGAGCAUUGUAUAUACCUAUAGAUACAGGAGGGCAAGACAAUAAUCUGAAAAAUUCCAGCACAUUGAGAUGUGAACAGUCAACACACAAGUACAUGUCUUGAAGAGUCCACUAGUCUCUACAUGCUGCUGUAUAUAAAUGUACUUUUAUACAGUGCCAAAUUUGUAAUGCAAACUCAAUGCAUGUGUAAAUGUAACUACACAUGAGAAUAUUAGAAACAGCUAUGAUGAUGAACUUCCAAUGUUGUGCCAGACUUAAACUAACAGUAUAAAAGAAGUCUUUCAAAUAAAAUUUAUUUUAUUUAUUUCUUAUGAAAUAUUUU